AUGAAGUUCCUCAAGGUCGGCCGUGUUGCCAUCAUUACCCGCGGCAGGUUUGCCGGUAAGAAGGUCGUCAUCAUCCAGCCCGUCGACUCAGGCAACAAGCUGCACCCGUACGGCCACGCCAUCGUUGCCGGCAUCGAGCGCUACCCCCUCAAGAUCACCAGGCGCAUGUCCAAGACGCGCCAAGAGAAGCGCAACAAGAUAAAGCCCUUCGUCAAGGUUGUCAACUACAAUCACCUUAUGCCCACCCGCUACACCCUUGAGCUCGAGGGCCUCAAGGGCUCCGUGACGAACGACACCUUCAAGGAGGUCAGCCAAAGGGAGGAUGCGAAGAAGAACGUGAAGAAGGUGCUCGAGGAGCGUUACACGAGCGGAAAGAACCGGUGGUUCUUCACUCCUCUUAGGUUCUAA